AUGAGUUCAAAUCAGUUGGUGGUGAGCGAUAAGAGUCGUGAGCAGGCACUUUUACAACUUCAAGGCCCUAAGCUAGACGAUCAAACGGCUCUAGAGGUUCUGACCACAAAUCAUCCUGGACGAACGCAAGAAGAAUAUCGUGCUUCUUUGGGCCGAUUUGGAAUCAUUGGUGAUACGGCCCUCCAACCAGUUUACACACUUUCUGGAGGACAGAAAUCUCGUCUCGCUUUUGCCAACAUUGCUAUGGCCAAACCCAACUACUUGAUUAUGGACGAGCCCACUAACCAUCUUGACGUCGAAACUGUGGAAGCCCUUGGAAAAGCUCUCAACAAGUUCAAUGGAGGAGUGGUUCUCGUUUCCCACGACGAGCAACUCAUUUCGCUUGUCUGCAGAGAACUAUGGGUUGUGAAAGAUCGCAUGGUGAGCAAUUUGGAGGGCGGAUUGGAGGAGUACCGCAAGCAAGUCUAUAAACAAUUACAAUUGGCCGCU